UGCUAUCAAGCAUCAACUUGUACUUGUAUUCGUCUCUUUGUCGGAAGUAAGAGUUAGUUUUAGCUUUGUCCGGCUUUCAUCGAAGUUUUUUGCAGAACAUGGGAUUUGAACUUACACGAUUCUCCGAAGAUGUCGACGAAGAAUUAGUUUGUCCUAUCUGUUCAGCUGUAUUAGAAGAUCCUGUUCAAGCUCCCAUUUGUGAACAUGCGUUUUGCAAAGAAUGUAUUCAUGAAUGGUUAUCAAGGCAGCCAACAUGCCCUGUUGAUAGACAAGCUCUUUUCACACCACAGUUGAAACCUGUUCCUCGGAUUUUAAAGAAUUUACUUUCAAGAUUGAAUAUUUCAUGUGAUAAUGCAUCAUAUGGUUGCACUGCCAUCCUGAAAUUAGAUCAGCUGUCCAGCCACUUAUCUGAGUGUGAACAUAAUCCAAAACGGCCUGUAUUGUGCGAACAAGGAUGUGGUUUAGUCACUCCAAUGGAUGAAGUAAAGGAUCAUAACUGCGUCAGAGAAUUGAGAUCACUGAUCCAUAAGCAGCAGCAGAAAUUAUCUGACAUGCAGCAGGAAAUGAGUGAACACAGAUUUCAGAUUAGUGAGCAGAAGCGGGAAUUAGAUUUGCUCAAGGAAUUUAUGCGUGCCAUGCGCAUGGCAAAUCCAACAAUGCAAGCACUGGCAGAUGAAAUGGAACGAGAAGAGGUUAUCAGAUGGUCUACAUCAUUGACGAGAGCCCGAGUUACUAGGUGGGGUGGUAUGAUCUCAACUCCUGAUGAAUUACUCCAGGUGGUCAUCAAGCGUUCUUUAUCGGAAAGUGGCUGUCCUCCACAUAUCGUUGAUGAGCUCAUGGAAAACUGUCACGAGACUAACUGGCCUCCAGGUUUAUCCUCAUUGGAAACCAGGCAAAACAACAGAAGACAUUAUGAAAGUUAUGUAUGUAAACGGAUUCCUGGUAAGCAGGCUGUUGUUGUACUGCACUGUGAUAAUCCCCAUGUCAACGAUGAUAUGAUGGCAGAACCUGGAUUAGUUAUGAUUUUUGCCCAUGGUAUCGAAUGAACUUCAUUUUGCUGACACCUGUUCAAGAUAUGCUGCUCAUUUUUUUAACAGGUUGACUGCCUCCCCUCGUAUUUAAAGACUGACAGUUAUGUUCCCUAUGAUGCAUUUCUACCAUAGUGGACCGCAAUGAAGAUUCUAUUUGCCAGCUUAACUCUGGAUACAUUUAUCUCAACUUGCAAAGAUACAACCAAAGCUCACCCAAUGUAUUGAAAAAUUAAAAUUUAUAGCAUUCACCUCUUAUUCUGAUUGAAAAGAGCUUAAAAUGACGGUUUCAAGUGUAUAUUUUGUUCCCAUCUAACUGUGAAUGUACUUAGGAUAGGGAAUUCAGCCGACUUAAAAAAAAAGUAAAGGGAAGGGGAAAAAUAGAUCAAGUUGGGCUAUAAAAAGCAUUAAAGUCAUAAUAUUCGAACAGAGGAAGAGAGUACUGGAGAAGCUGUGUUGAAUCAUUCACGCUGGUUGUUCAUAAAUAUUCCCAUUUGUAAAGCACUUUCAGGAACAGUGGCUACAAGUCUCAGAAUAAGUCAGACUUGCCACUUAGUCAGUUCAAGGACAGCGCAGCACGAAUAAGCUCAGCUCAUCAAAUUGAGUUAAUAGGUUGAGUACAAGGGGAACAUCGUCAUUUUUUUACGUUUCCUUGCUUUUUCUCUCUCAAGUGAAAGUUGUUCUUCAAAAAUUUUAAGCUAAUAAUUUGAUCAGUUUUCCUCCAGAACUAAUAAGAUCGUAGCGAAAAGUUUGAGUUACUUGUUUUCAGAGUUUGCUUCUGUGGCUGAUCGCGCCAGCUUCCUGAUUUUGAAGCAGUAUUGCAGUGCAGUCAGUAGAUUGCGUCAUGGAACUUUCCAACCACUUGUUUUUUUCUUUUUCUUUUUCUCAAAACUUGGAAGUUGAAGAUUUAGUUUAAUUUUUGCUCUGUUAGUGGUACUAGUUGUUAGGAAAGCACUGAAAUUUCUUUGGCGGUCAACAUGUUAAUAGAUGUAUUUUGUAAUUUUGCUCCUAUUUCUAUGGUGCGUUGCUUGAAAGUAAUUUCUCUCUAGAUGUAUUCAUGUUUUCAUUUUAUUUGUUGUAAAUUUUGCUUUACUCAACAUUCCUCAAAAUUUUGUCUCAGGAUAUUGUGAUUUUUAAAGUUAGUACAAAGUUUCCAUAUUCAACAGAUUUCCUUUCAGCCUCACUCAAUUGAAACUAGUUUAUUUUAUCAGCGACCUUAAAUUAAACAUUUAACUGAAAUUUUUAUUGAAUUUAAUUUACAGAUUUUAAGGCACACAGAACUAUCUAUAGUGGAACUUAAUUUUAACAAUUCACUGAGGACUGACAAAAAAAUGUAUUGAAUAGAACCUGGUGAAAAACCAGAGACAUUUUCAAGCGACACCUUUUUUUUACUAUUGCUUUUGAUCUAAUUUUUUUGUUAUUUGCUUCUCCCUUUUGCAUUGUAACUCAGCAACAGUCGAGAUUAAUUCUGAGCUUAUUAUCAUAUUAAUAAUUUUAGUAGAAUAUGUGGUAACAAUUAAUUGAUAGUGCAGGAAGAAGUGUUUUUCUAGAAUCAAAGCAGUGUUUUUGUUUGCAGACAGUAUGAACCUCAGUCAAAAAACGAAUUUUAUCAAAAGGCCGUUGAAGUAUUUUAAUCAACUCCCAAAGAGAUAAAAAAUGCUCGGGGAGGAGGGGGAUCUGAGCCUAAGUUACAUAGGGGAAAGGUGAGCAUUCAGAGCUGAUUCAUGCAAAGCUGAGAUGAAAAAUCAAUGCGAGGUGGCAAUUUGUCAUCCUGAAUGAAUCACAAAAUGCUAAUUUCAGGGCGGUGGGUUCAACUGGAUGUUCAGUAAUUUUUAUGGGGGGUAACUUAAGCCUUGUUUCCACGGGAAGUUUCGUGGGACUUGUCCGACGGAAAACUCUCACCUGCGAAGUGGGAAAAUUAUUGAGUUGAUCAAUAUGAAUCACAGUACCAAGUAAAGUCUUUGUGGAGUCCUAAGAGGGACUCAGAAAGAAGAAAACAAAAUUCUGUGGUUUUGUUUUAACUGGGGAAAAGCCCAGGAGUUUCAUUCCGGCGAUUCGAACUUGAGAAAAAUCCCAUGAACUGUUCCAUGGAGACAAAGCUACACAUUUAAUUGUAUCCCGAGGAGGGGAAAUUUGAUUUUUGGCGUCAAGUAUUUUAUGAACAGCCCCUAAUGGGUUUGUUGCACUAAAUAUUAACAGAAUCAUGUUUGAUGGUUGAAUCCUACAGAGUGGCAUUAAACCUUAAAAUCUAUUCGCACAUGAAGUUGCCAUUUUUAAUACACAUUAAUGAAAAUAUUGACCUUUGAAAAAUGCAUUAAUUGAAGUCAUUCACUGUGAUAGUUCGCUUCAAGGUUUUCUCCACCCUGCCCCUGCCAGUGAUGCAUGUGGCACGAAUGCUAAAAGUUCCAAAAUCCCGAUUGUUCCUUGUCAUCUGGUAUUUUAGCCUCACUCUCAGUCUUCCAUUUUGCCCCACGGAAUAACGCCCAGAAUUUCGCGGCACAAUGACCAAUUUUUGAAGAAUAAAGCUCUAAAGCUACAACAAUAAAACUUGAUUCUAUGAUUGACCCAUUCCCACCGCAAGUAAAACUACAGUUUUCAACUAGAAAUCACAAUCUCAAUCUCAAUUAGGUAAAUUAUUAUCCUCAAUGAAAAAAUGAUAGCACUCCAUCACUGUUCCUGAUGAAAUAUGGUCUGCAUAUUUAUCAACUGAGUUUGACAGAAAUAAGAGAUCUCUUCUAUCAUCACAAUACGGCAUUUACUCUUUGCAUUUACACAGAAAGUUCCUUACCAAGACGUUCAUUGUCUCGACAGACUUUUGCAGGUUCUACUCCAUCUAUGAAAGUGUGCUGUCUUGAAAUGUAGUUUUGAGGCAUUACUUAUCCAUUGCCCCUUUUUCUAAUGGCAUUUUUGUAGAAUUAUUUUCAUGCCUAUUUUUGUUUAGUCGUAGGAAAAUAUUAUUUUGUAACAUUUAAUUUUUUAAUCCUUAUUGCUUGUAAUAAAAGUAAGUGAAAGACUAAAAAGUGAAAAAAUUGUAAAUAAGCAGCCUUUUUGGAGCGUAUCGAUUUAAGUUUUUAUACUGUAACUAUCAAAUUGUUAUGUCCUGCAUUAGUUUUAAUAGUUCAUAUUGGUUAAAGUGCUGUUAAUUUUUAUUUUUGGUAGUACUAAUUUUUAAACAUGAUAGAUUUUUUUUUUCAAUUUAAAGAUCUCUUUUGGGGAGCGUAAUUGGUUUUGACAAUUAGUUGUCACUCCCCAAUAAUGUAAUGUGCUGUCAAGCAAUAAAUGAAGAUUGUUGGAUUAUGUACGAAGAUACAGUGUAUGUUUCACUUGGGAAAAAAUAAAAGUGUACAAAACGGAAAGAUAAAAAAAAAUCAUGUAAAGAUACUUUCAGGCUUUCUGAACUUGUUCACCUUUGGACAUCACUAAUUAGUUUUUUGAAGUCUAUAAUCUUUUUUGAAUGUUGAACAAAAAUAAAAGUAUUUUGUCAAGAGAAAAAGAUAAAUAAAACAGCUUUGAUGUUGCUUUGUAAACGGAUUAAUUAUUAAAUAAACUUUGCGCAUAUAA